UAUGCUCAUGGUCAUCUGUGCUUUAGUGAGAAAGUUAAAUAAAACAAAGAAUCUGAACCAAAGAAAAAACAUCAACAGCUCUACACCAACUCAAGACAAUCAAAAUGUUACCCAAGACAUGGAUAACUACAGCACGGCAGCUCCUGUACGCAUGAUUCCUCCAUAUUCUACUGUUGAAAAAAAUGGUAAAAACAAAGAUUCUGAAAUGACCUUUUCCUUGAAACAAGAUGAAAAUGGCACUUUAGACGUGUCUGAAAAUACAAGGGGCAAACCUAAGGUAUCUUAUCUCGAACUUGUAAAAGGAGAAGAAAUUGACAAGGACUAUUACGAAAACCAUGCAGCUCUUUUCCAGCAAAACAAUCUAAGAGAUCUGAAAUCAAAACUUAAAAACAGUAAUGAUGUAGGGGAUGAAGGUAAGGAUAGAGGCAGCAAUCUUUCUACUGAUUCUGAUGUAGUGCUUCAUAUCAAUGAUAUAUACAAUAGCGAUGAUUUUGAAGAUAACUCAGUAAGACCAUAGAGGUUCAUGUAGAUAUCUAGUUCCUUGGUAAAACUGAGAUGUAAGUUGUAUUAAAGGAUCACACCUAUGCCUGGGACUGUGGCAUAUUGCC